AUGGAGAUGGCUAUGGAGGACUCAUGCUCUCAUUCGCUUCUCUUCAUGGCUCGUUACGCUCUGCAAUCUGACGGACGAACGCCGCGGUUUCUAAAGAAUCCUAUACAGAGGUUUCGGGAAAUUCUCGUGGAGUUGAGCUUCUUAGCUCGUGUUAUUGAAAGAAGUAGAGGGACAUUUGAAGUUGAACUUGAUUUUUGGUGGGAAGCUUUAAUGGCGGGAAGGUGGGAGCUCGGGUUUCCAAAGACUAGUGCUAGUAGUCUUAGAGAGCAGGCAACAAGAACAAUUCUUCGCAAUGUGAGGUCGCAAGGGCACACAUAUGUUGAGCUCCGAGAAGAUGGGAAAAAGUUCAUUUUCUUCUGUACUUUGUGUCUGGCUCCAUGUUAUAGUGAUAAGGUGCUGUUUGAUCACUUGAAGGGUAAUCUUCACAAGGACAGGUUAGCUGCUGCUAAGGUUACUCUGUUGCGACCAAACCCAUGGCCUUUUAACGAUGGUGUGGCUUUCUUUCAUAAUCCAGAUGAGACUGAUAAACAUUUGGUGAUUACAGAUGGCAAUAAAUUUAGGAUGUUGGAGUCUCCUGACGAUGAAAACAAUCUUGCUAUUGUCAAGUAUGGGGAAAAUCUGAUAUCCAAUGGCAAUGAGCAUGUUGGUACUGAUGGUCUUGAAUGUAAUGGCUCUUUAGAUUUUCCGAGGGUUCGUUCAAAUUUCAAAUUUAGUUGCUCUAAUGAGAAUUCAACUGCUAAUGAAGUGAAUUCCUCUGUAGUGAUCCCUAGUGUUCUGGUUAGGGAUGAUGUUACUGACAUAGAAGCAAAGAAGGUAGGCUUGGGACAAAUGCUGCAAGGUUCCUUGAGAAGGAUAAGGUGUCAAAAGGUUCCUGAGCACGACUUCGCUGUUGUUACCUUCUGUUACAAUAUUGAUUUAGGUAGAAAGGGGUUGCUUGAUGAUGUAAAGAUGCUUCUCUCUUCCAGUCCUUCAGUAGAAACAGAAAAUGGUGAAGGCAGCAGCAGUAAGAGAAAGAAGUCCUUUUCUGAUCCCGAGGAUAUCAAGGAUGAUUCCUGGGAAAGAUGUAUCAGCCCUCAUAAAUUGAAGACUGGAAGGCUUGCUUGCAGUAGUCGAAAUGUGAAUGGGGCUUUUCAUGUGUUUCAUACUUCCUGCCUUAUACACUGGAUACUUCUGUGUGAGGUUGAGAUUGCAAAUCAGUCCACUAAUUCAAAAGUGAGAAGAAGAUCUAGGAGAAAAAAUGCAGCCAAGUGCAAUGGACAAGAUGGUCAGAUGAAAGCUUUGAGCACGCAAAUCCAUUCUGUAUUCUGCCCAGAGUGUCAGGGUACUGGUGCAAUCAUUGAUGGAGAUGACCUGGAGAAACCAAAUCUCCCUCUGUCUCAGAUGUUCAAGUAUAAGAUAAAGGUGAGUGAUGCACGUAGAGCAUGGAUGAAGAGUCCUGAAAUGUUGGAGAAUUGCUUGACAGGUUUUCAUUUCCCUCCCAAUACGAAAAAGGAAUCCAAUAAAGGUGAGUGA